UGGUGGGCCACAUCUGAUGAAAUAUUGAGUGAGGCAACACCUCAGUAUUUUCCAGCAGAUUUAUGUUUAAUUCUGAUUUGCCUCCGAUGAAACUUGAAUGAAAUGGGGGGGAAUUGCUAAGUUUCCCAGUAAUUUAGGCUACUUUGAUAAGACCAGCAGUGAAAAUUCAAGAAUAGCCCUAAAGUUACAUUUAUGUGUAGCCUAGGCUAGUUUACAGAUGGGCCACUGACUGGAAGAUUGGAACUCUCACACCUUAACACACAUUCAUUGUUUCUUCUACCAACCAUUAAGCAGGACCAUGUUUUAAGACUAGGUGGGAGCAGCUAACUCUGAGGACAAAAUGUAAGAUCAAGGUGACAAGAUGGCAGAGAGUGAUGAGGAAUAUCGUAGCCAUCGGAGGAAUAAGUUUGACCAUGAGAGGGGCGACUACGGUCCUUCUCGGGAGAGGGAGUUUCUGCGGAGAGACCACCACAAAGACAGAAGCCCGGAGCGGAACCGGAAGGAGCAGCGACGGCAUGAGAAGAGUCGUAGCCACCGCAAGAAAGGUCACCGACACCAUGAGCGGGGUCACAGAGAGCGGGACCACAGCUACUACGAGAAGAGCGAGCGGCCCUCUCCUCCUGAGCAGGACACAGGGUUCCAUCCGCCGCCUAGACGCAUGAGAACAGACUGGGGGGAUGUCGGUGGGGAACCUUGCCAGAGAGGGGGUGAUUUUAGGGACAAGCUUGAAGACAGGGGCGCUCAUCAUCACCCUCCUCUCCACCCCUGGGGGCCCUAUGAAGCUUCUUCCAGGCUGCAGAGCCAUGACACCUUCAUACCACACAGGUUUGGUGGCUCCCCUGAUGGCGCCCCUGGCCGCCCUCCCACGGGCCUGCAGAGCUUUAAGGAGUUCCUGCUGCGUCUGAACCCGGCGGUUGGGGAGGUGGACGCGGUCAGGUGCUACAAAGAAUACAAAAUGGCCUUCAGCAGGCAGCAGAUGGAGGCCUUCUUCCUGGCUCACCGAGACGAGGAGUGGUUCCGUCUGAAAUACCACCCAGAGGAUAUUGAACGUCGGGACGCUGAGACCCAUGAUGCAUUGCAGAAGAGACUGGAUGUUUACAUGUAUCUCAGGGGAAAGGGCUGGUUCGAUAAUAUCUCCCUGGACAUUCAGCAAGCCUCAGCCAUCAUAAAGGUGUUAGAUGCAGUCCAGAUAAGGUUUGAAGGGGGAACAGGGAAUGACCUGCGGGCUCUGGAGACGCCGGGCAAGGGAGAGAAGGAGAGAGUGAUGGAGAGAGAGGAGAGAGGGAAGGAGACACCUCCAUCUGAGCCCCAAAAGCAAGAGGAGGUACACACGGUAGAUGCAGAGCAUAGACUUGCACCCAGGGCAGAGAGGCAGGCCAGGAAAAGGAAGCACAUUGAUAAAGUCAAAGUCAGUGAGUUUAACUCCGCCUCUGUCUCGCGUCCCUCGGACCAAUCAGCUGAGAGGGAAGCAGACAGGAAGAGAGAAAAGGAGAACAUGUUGCAUAGAGAGUUGACGGAGAAGAAGGACCAGGAGGAUGACAAGGAGAACAGAGUAGCGAUGAAGAGACGCAACGAGGAGACGGAGGACAGGAAGAUGGAGGAGAAGAUGGGGCAGGGGAGGCCAGAGGAGGAGAAAGGAGGCGCAGCUUCAUUCCCAUGCCAACUCCACAAGACCCGAUCCCUGUUCAUGAGGAACAUCCCCCCGACAAUCUACAAGGAGGAGAUUGUGAAUCUGUGUGUGAAGUACCCUGGCUUCAUGAGAGUGUGUCUGUCCGAGCCUCAUGCUGAGUACAGGUUUUUCAGACGUUGCUGGGUGACUUUUGACCACUUGGCAAACAUCCAGGACAUCUGCUGGCAGCUACAGAACGUCAGAUUGCGUGAGUAUAAGCUGUCUCCAGUGGUCCAUCGUGACCUGUGUCGCCGCGUGCGGAUGGCUAACGGCAUCACGCAGCACAGGACGCUGAUGCAGGAGCACAUCAGCCUGGCAGCGCAGCUCAUCCGCAGCCUGGACAGCAGGUGGAGCGUCUGGGGAGGAGACCAGGAUAAGGGGAACCCUGUCCUGAAGAACGUCUCAUAUCACCUGAUCGAGGAGGUCAGUGCGGAGGAGGAGGAGCUAACGGGACGCGUUGGCGCGGCCAUCCCACAGAGUGAGGUCACCGUGGAGAGAGACAACGGGCUGGUCAAGGUGCUGGAUGGUCUGCUUCUUUACCUGCGUGUUGUCCACUCAGUGGACUUCUACAACGCCUGCCAGCACUCCACAGAGAACGAGAUGCCCAGCUGCUGUGGCUCUGUUCACGUGCGAGGGCCCGUACCACCCAACAGGGUGCCCACCCUACACAUGUUGGAGUGGCAGAAGAAGUUUGAGGUCAAGUUGAGGUUGUUGUUUUGGCCGAGGGAGACUCUGAGCGAAGACGAAGUGGGGAAGUUGGGCCGCAAGCACCCCGCUCAGGAAGUGGACAAGUUCGUCCGAGCAAACACACGCGAGCUGGACAGGGAGAAG